AUGGGCUUUCGGAAGAAUUUAAGUCACAGCGGAAGGGAAGCUCUUGGUAUCUGGGCGUCCGGUAUUACUGGGCACAUCGGUCAAGUUAAACGUGCGAAUGGAGUCGCUCAUCAAUCGAUCAAGUGGGCGCUUGUCCUCAAGGUAUGGCCGGACAACGCGGUUACGUCUGGCACUGAAUCAAUCAUGAGACGUUCGCUAAUCCUGGAACCUCAGGGCAGCAUCCUUGGACGGGAGAUUUCUUUAUCUGCACUGACUUCAUUGAUGUGCCUUGUCGGCUUUUUGAGCUCUACAUUCCUGCCGCUCGAAGGUUUACCAUCCAAUUGGAUUACCCGGAUAGCAGAUGGCCCGACUCCCGGUCUCUACAUGCUUUACAGGCUAGCAUCCGCUACUGCUCCGAUCUUCCGGCCUUUCUCGCAUCCUACGCCCAACCAGACGUCGUUGAACAGUAGUUGAACGAGCCGUGAAUUCGUAGCAGCCUUGAUAUGUCCAUCUGAAACCUCUUUCCUUGUGCGCGCCGGUUAUGGUCCUUGAUUUCCUCUCCUCGGGGUAAAUAAGACCCAAAGGAGAGUAGAAAACGCCACCAAAAACUUCCCCCGUCGAACCUGGGAGUAUGUG